GUUAGAAUGAUAAAAAAUGCUCUCUCUCUCUCUCUCUCUAUCAUCACCUGUCAUCCGGAACUACUGCUGAGGACUUUUCUUGGAGCUCAACGAAGAGAGAGAGAGAGAGAUCGCAGCGAUGGCGCGGCGAGGGUUGGGGCCGGCGGAGGAGUACGACUAUCUGUUCAAGGUGGUGCUGAUCGGCGACUCGGGGGUGGGCAAAUCCAACCUCCUCUCCCGCUUCACCCGCAACGAGUUCUUCCUCGACUCCAAGUCCACCAUCGGCGUCGAAUUCGCCACCCGCACCCUCAAAGUAGAGGGAAGGACAAUAAAAGUACAGAUAUGGGACACAGCAGGCCAGGAGCGAUACAGGGCAAUAACCAGUGCCUACUACCGUGGCGCACUGGGAGCCCUCCUAGUCUAUGAUGUGACCAAGGCCACAACUUUCGAGAAUGUGAACCGGUGGCUUAAAGAGCUCCGUGACCAUGCUGACUCCAACAUUGUGGUUAUGCUCAUUGGUAACAAGACCGACCUUAAGCACCUUCGUGCAGUUGCCACAGAGGAUGCACAGAGCUUUGCUGAGAAGGAAGGUCUGUCCUUCAUUGAGACCUCUGCUCUUGAGGCCACAAAUGUAGAGAAAGCCUUUCAGAUGAUCCUGUCAGAAAUAUAUCGAAUCAUCAGUAAGAAACCUCUGUCCUCUUCGGAGCCUGCACCAGGACCUACUGGAGGCAUCAAAGAGGGGAAGACCAUUGAGGUGUCAGCUACGAAUGUUGACAAUACAAAGAAGCAAUGCUGCUCCACAUAGAGGCGCUCCUUUGGCCUAUGUUUUGACAUGCUACAAUUUUGGGAUCAGAGCUUGUUGGCUAAUUUGUGUGCGUUAGUUGGGAUCGCGUGCUCAUUUGAGGUGGCCUUUUACUGCAUCUUUAGUAUAUCAAUGUAUUUUCCUUUUAGUUUUCAGCCCCUCUGAGAAAUAUGGAUGGAAAUAUAUACUUUAACCCCACAAAGAGAGUGAAUUGUCCGCGUGUUUUGAUGGUGAGAUUGUGUAGUCAGUUGCUCUUGUUCCACAGCCAAUCUGAGAAGGGAAUUAUGGAAACGUUCAGGUGCUAACUGCAAAUUGAUUCCCCAAGAAUUAUGUGCAGCAGUUCCCAGUUGUUUGUACGAGCCUGCGCCGUCAGCAUGUUUUCUGCUAGUUUUCUUAAAAGUUGCUUUCUUUCUGUUGCAGAAUGCGAUUUUCUUUUAUUUUAGCCAUCUUGGUUCUGUUGUAGAAUUCUUAUUCAUACCCAUAGCUGAGUAUGAUGAGUGGUGAUAAUCUUGGUUUCUUUUA